GACAGUAGCGCACGUUGCUUAUCCGGCAUACAAGGCGGUCUCUGGACGGAUCGACAAGCCAAUGCCUUUGCUUUGAAUGCUACUCCGUUCCCCAAGAAACCCAUUGCACUAUCCUCGCAAGUCGUCUCUCUCACUCGUCUCCGAGGUCCAAAAUGUCUACGAGCAUCAGCCUGCUGUCCGGACCCGAGAUGAUUGGGUCGUUAUCGAACUGGUCGUUGCAAGGAGUCCUUUGCGCUCAAGUGUACAUAUACCACAUCUGUUUUCCCAAAGAUCCAUGGUCGCUGAAAUGCUUCGUUUAUGGUGUUUGCAUCUACGAGUUGAUACAGACAAUAUUGAUCUCCAUCGACGGCGUCCACGUCUUCGUCUUCGGAUACGGUGAUCAGGUCGACAACCUCCUCAGCUUCUACAAUGGAUGGUUCAGUCUCCCCAUCAUGGCUGGUAUCCUCUCGGCCGCGGUACAAUGCUUCUUCGCGUGGAGGAUAUUUAUGUUGUCGCGCUCCGUUUGGCUGUGCAUGUUCAUUACGAUGAUCGCCCUUGGCCAAAUGUCUAUUGCCAUCGUAAGUGGGGUCAAGAUGAAAUCAUUGACCACAGAUGAGAACGAAGCCAUCAUCAUACCGUACAUUGACACGUGGCUCGCGGGAAGCGCGCUCGCAGACAUCGUGAUAGCCAUUUCCAUGACAGUCUUGCUUACCAAAGCGAAGACCGGAAUACGGCGCUCGGAUGCCAUUAUCGACAGACUCAUUAUGCUCGGCGUGGAGACAGGCACGCUCACUGCGGUGAUUGCGACUCUCGAUCUCUUGUUCUUCACCAUACGGCCCAGGACAUAUCUUCACGCCGCGCCUGUUAUGAUGCUGUCGAAACUGUAUGCGAAUACCCUGCUGAUCAACUUCAAUAAUCGGGCACGUACGGCAAGUCUCAUGGACGGCGACGUAGUCUCUUUGGGAGCCGUCCACUCCAGCCGAAAUGGUGCCAGUACAAUGACAGGUGCAACGGACAGCCUGGACAUAGGACAAUACCGCAAAGAUGGACGUCAGACUCGCCUUUCCGCACAGGCGUCGGCACUGACCUCCGAGUCCACGAAGCCCGUUGGCGACGUCGUAUACCUCUCAGCCACCCCAGAACCGUCCGUCGACGAUGACAAUAAAGUGAUGGUCAUAGCCGAGUGAAUGGGACGAAACUCCUCCGAUUCAGAUGUCUGACGUAUCCUCCCACUGCGGAGGUUAUAUUUCAAAUGUAUCAUUAUGGGUCUUUGUAGUCAUCUUGCUCUCUGAAUCUGCUCUCCACACAGUGUCAGCUCGCUCGGUGUGAGGCUCUUCAUUUCUGAUCGGCGUUCCUAUUCCCGCUGGAGUAACAUGGUUGCUCAAGACUCGGAUCUCCCGGAGGUCAAUGUCGUCCGACUAUCCAAACUGCUAUCGGUGCCAGUACAGAGCCAUGUCGGGUUUCGGUUCCCUUCACUUCGACCCUAUCAAACAACAUGACGCGACUACAAACCAACCUUGACAGCACGCAUGCGAGGGGUGUAUGGCAAUCGCAAUCAU